AUGGCCUCCAACGCACCCGCUGCAUGCUGCGCCUCUGGCUUCAAGCACCAGGGCACUCCCGCCGGCGAGGUCAAGAACAUUGACGGUGUCGACACCUACAUCACAUACCCCAAGGACAACCAGACUCCCGAAAAGGCCGUUGUCUUCUUGAGUGAUAUCUUUGGCAUCUUCCCAAACUCCCAACUACUGGCCGAUGAGUAUGCCAAGAGCGGCUACCUCACCGUUAUUCCGGACUUGUUCCAGGGCGAUGCCAUCAGCACCGCGGAUAUGGACUCGGGCAAGGUCGACUUUGGUGCUUGGUUGCCCAAGCACCAGCCCGCCAACGUUGACCCCGUUGUUGAGGCCACGAUCAAGUAUGUUCGUGAGACAUUGGGAGUGAAGAAGGUUGCUGCUGUGGGUUACUGCUUCGGUGCCAAGUACGUCACUCGCUUCUUGAAGACCAACAAGGCCGACGUGGGUUUUGUUGCCCACCCCUCGUUCGUCACUCACGAGGAGCUUGGCGCCAUUCAGGGCCCCUACUCUAUUGCUGCUGCUGAGACCGACUCCAUUUUCACCACCCAACUUCGUCACGAGUCCGAAGAGACCCUCAUCAAGACUGGCCAGCCCUGGCAGAUCAACCUAUUCGGCGGUGUCGCUCACGGCUUUGCCGUUCGUGGUGACUUGAACGUCAAGGUUCAGAAAUUCGCCAAGGAGCAGGCCUUUUACCAGGCUGUUGCUUGGUUCCGCGAGUACCUGUAA